AAGCUGACGUUACUCGGGGGCAUCGUUUUGGCUCAAGCUAUUUUUGGUCACAACUGCAUACACAGACACUCGAUUGUCCCCAGCGGCAGGCCCUGCGGCGACGAUGACCCACAUGCCUUCCAUCAUGCGCGGACGCCACCGCGCAUUCCUUAUCCAUAACGUGCUGAAUUGUUAUGUGUGCGGCCAAGUAUUGUGGGAAGAUCGCGCCCAGCAAGGUGACAACGUCAGUGCGCAGGACAUGCAACUUUUCCAGGUUCUCCUUCUCUCGCGCCAGGAGGCCACCGAUAGUUGCAGCGCGUUCCGAUUCGCCAAGGCUGCCCCGUCUGCGUGCUAUCCAAGGGAUGGCGGAGCUUCUGACAGCCUCGCUGACACCGCCGCCGUGAGCGUCCGUGGCUUCGAUAACGACCAGGUCCAGCGCGCAGUGUCCUACUUGGGAGAUAACGCUUCGUUUGCGUACCUUGCGGCGGAUCUGGCCUUCGAUACGAACGCCGCGUACAGGCCGACGCACGCGGACGACGCGGACGCAGCAGACCAGGCCCGGUUCUGGAAUGAGUUCGAGGAUGUGGUGACGGCCCAACUUCUGAGGAGGAACGGGGCUCUCACUCAGGAUAUCAUGUCCGUGCAUCCGCUCUUCGCCGGGGACACAAUGGAGCAGUCCGCCCAGCGCGUCCGUGCGGACUUCCCCACGCAGUUUCCUACGGAGCAAAUUAUGAGCUACUUGGGCAGCAUGGCGCUCACAAUGGACCCGGAAAUCUUCGGCCAGGCCAGUUGCGCGAGCACGGUCGAGUUUGUGAACGGCCCAGUGGCUUUAGGGAGGAUGAUCGGCUGGGCGAUCGCAGAGGUGUCGCCCGCCGCCUUCGCUUGCAAGUGGUACGUCGGCCGCGCGCGGCCCGAGGAGGUUGCGUACAACCUCAGCCAGGGGGGGUUGAGCCAGGCCCCGGCCAACGUCAGGGCGAUGGUGGACGGCAUGGGCUUGACCGCGCGCGAGUCUUUCACCGCCUAUUCCGAAGGGUGCCCCGUGCACCCAUCUUGGCCGGCUAUGCAUUCGGCGGCCUCCUCUCUGUCGACUUGGCUUGACGUCGUGGCCCUCCUGACCCCAGCGCAGCGCAAUGAGGUGCGACUCCUGGAUUACUCUGUUGCUUACUUCCGCACGUUCGCAGGCGUUCACUACGAUUCUGACAACCGUGCCGGCCUGGCACUCGGCCAGAAGAUCGUGAGGGAGAAGUUGCCGGACUACCUCUCGGAGAAGUACGGCUGCGACGCCGCCAGCAAGGCCGCAAUCAGGUCGCACGUGCAGAGCAAGAUCGCGUCGCUGGAGGUUCUGGAUUGGGCAACUUGGACGCCUGAUCAUUGGAUUCGCCCUUCCGCGUACUACUCCUCACUCCGACGCCGACAAGCGGAUCGCGUGCUGCCCAAGAGCCAGAGCGGAGCAUCCCUGUCUUCCACAGAUACGACUGCGGCUAUCGUGAAGCCGUCUGUGGCGCUGUGGGCCGGAGGAUCCCACGGCAGCCCGCGAGCCGCCCAACGGAAGGCGCUGGCGGGCAACGACGGGUGCACCGAGUAUCGUUUUGGAAAAGCUGCUGAAGGCGCAUGUUACCCGCGGAGCGGUGGAGCCUCCGACAGCUUGAGGGAGACCACCGCCGUCAGCGUCCGCGGGUUUCACGGUAACGACCAGGUCCAGGCUGCUGUGUCCCACUUGGGCGCGAACGUUUCGUUUGCACAAGUCGCUGCCGACUUGGAUUUCGACACGAAUGUUGCACUCAAGCCGACGCACGCGGACGACGCAGACGCCGCCGACAAGAGUAGAUUUUGGGCGGAGUUCGAGGAGGUGGCGGCAGCCCAGCUUCUGAGGAUUCAAAACCGCAGAACAGAAGAAAUCAUGUCUGUGCAUCCACUCUUCGACGGGGAUACGAUGGAGCAGUCUGCCCAGCGCGUCCGAGCUGACUUCCCCCCGUUCUUUCCGACGGAGCAGGUCAUGGAUUAUUUGCAGAACAUGUCGCUGACGCUGGACCCCGACAUCUUCAACCAGCCCAGCUGCACAAGCCGUGUCGAGUUUGUUAACGGCCCGGUAGCUUUGGGAAGGAUUAUCGGUUGGGCGAUUGCCGAGGUGUCGCCCGCCUGCUUCGCUUGCAAGUGGGCCGUCGGUCGCGCGCGACCCGAGGAGGUCGCUUACGGAGUCAUCCAGGGCGAGCUUCCCGAUGCCCCCAUGCGGGUCAAGCAGAUGAUGGCCGACUUCGUGGCCGCCAAGCCUGUGAACAGCGCCGAAGACUUCACCGCGUACACCGAGGGCUGCCCUGUGCACCCGGCCUGGCCCGCCAUGCACUCCGCCGCCUCCAGCUUGUCCUCGUGGUUGGACGUCGUUGCCAUCCUCACCCCCGCGCAGCGCGAGGAGGUGCGGCUCCUGGACUUCUCUGUCGCGUUCUUCCGCACCUUCGCGGGCGUUCACUAUGCGGCGGAUAACCGCGCUGGCUUGGCGCUUGGGCGGAAAAUCGUGGAGUCGAAGUUGCCCGACUUCUUGGCCGAGACGUACGGCUGCGACGCGGCGUCCGCAUCCGCGAUCAGGGCGCGCGCCGCAGCCAAGAUCCAGUCAUUCAAUUCGGACACCCUGAGCGGGCACCCCUUCAGCUGGGCCACUUGGACACCCGAGAAGUGGAUCAGCCCAACGCAGUUCUUUGACGCAUCCGGCAGCGCCAUCGGUGACCCACACAUGCGGAACAUGUUUGGUCAGAGCUUUGACAUCGCACGGACUGGCGAGCACGUGCUCAUCAAUAUUCCACAAAAAUGUGGCCCAGAUGAGAUUCUUCUUCGCGUGGGUGCGGAGGUGCGAAGCGACCGACAUGCACAUUGCGCGACCGACAUGUACAUCAAGGCGCUCAACAUCACUGGUGCGUGGGCCAAUAAGCAGCAGACGAAUGGCUUCAGGUACUUGGCGAGCCAUCGUGAUCAGCGCCAGCCAUGGAGGUGGUUCGGCAAGGUUGAGCUGAAGGUGGCGUGGGGCCGCACGCGCGACGGGGAAGAUUACCUUAAUUUCUAUGUCCGCCACUUGAGCACUGUUGGUCACGCGGUCGGGGGUAUCCUCGGCAUCGACGAUCAUUCAGAGGCAUCAUCCCCGGACGAGAGGUGCAAACGCUCCCUCACGCUCGCAGAAUACGCGGAUUGAGUCGGAUGCUCGUGCUGCGCUUGCGAGCUAACACUAAGAGCUCGUGUAGACUCUGUAUGCCUCAUAAAUUGGUUGUAUGCCUGUGUGGAGUAGUGUCGUAUGAGGGCAUCAAGAGGGCCCCAAAGGGUUUUCGUGUAAGACGUUUUAUUUAAACAUUGAGCGUUUCGCUCGCUCCUGGGUUGAUACUUGUCCUUCCAAUCCUGCUUGUCUCCUACGGCGUGAUAUAGGCCACCCUACGCCGAUAGAAGAACUUGCUGAAUGUGGGUGCCGUCGUGGCCAGCUCUGCUAUGUCCAGGGCCCCAUUCUUUCAAUACCUCCACCCUACUCCCUCCUUUUCGCCCUCCUCUGGCUAAUUCAUACAGCGCUGCUGGGGGGUCACCCAGGUGCUGUAUGUCUUUGAGCUUCGCCGAGCAUAGGAUUUCUUCAUUAUCAUAUCUUCUCUCCUCCUUGUCGCUUCAGGCUCAGUGAAGCUGUCUUCCUCUAAAAUCGGAGCUGGAUCAUCAUUGGCUCCUGGGUUGAUAUUUAUUAUUUCAAUCCCGCUUGUCUCCUACGGCGUGAUAUAGGCCACCCUACGCCGAUAGAAGAACUUGCUGAAUAUGGGUGCCGUCCAGACCAGCUCUGCUAGGUGGAAGGCCCCAUUCUUCCAAUAGCUCCACCCUGCUCCCUCCUUUUCGCCCUCCUCAUCCUCCUUCUUCCUCUUCAUUUUGCCGUACAGCGGCUUGUCGAGUUGCGCGUGUGCUCAUCCAGAAUCAGAGACCGUUAUCGGAGACACGGCCCGCGCUAUAGGCGCUACGCACGUCCAUCGUCGCUCGGUGGCGAUGCCAGGAAGCAGAGAGCGAGACCUCGCAUCACGGUUCUAGCCCACCCCUCUGAAAGCACCCGCUCCAGCUUUUGUGCCUUGCAUUUGGCAAGCGUGCACCAGGCCGGCCUGCAUGGAGUGUAGGUCUACCGGUCUGCAACACUUUCGCAUUUCCUGCCAAUAUGUUUUCAUGGAAUCCGUGAGCCAAUCAUGCUCAUGUCGAUUCCUUGCCGAUGCGCCGUUGCCUGGCGCCUGGCUUGACUGGGGGACCGGGCCCGGGGGUGUGGUGGCGGGUGCUUCGAGCUCGGGGAGGGAUCUGACAAACUCGCUGGCACGGCCAGCCAACAGGCGCCUUUCUGCCUGCCCUUCUGCUGGCUCGGCCAGCCUCCGUGCGCUAGUACCUGCCGCGUAAAGCCUGGUGCCCGCCGCUGCGGCCACUGGGUGUGAAGCGUCCCGUGCACUGUACCCACGGGAGAUGCGGGUGGCGUAUCGGUUUGGGCGUCCUUGCGGUCGCCUAUUCGAGCGGGAGGAUUGGCACGUCUUUGUUCAUCCUCUUGCCAUCCACCAUUCAUGAGCACGGUGCCAGUCUGUGACGCGCACCUCUGCUAGCUCGCUCGCUCCCCAAAAGAAGUUCCUGCGAGGUCCCCACGUCGUCGUCGUCACCGUCUGUGGUCCGUCGUCCGUCGUCGUCGAGA